UGCCCGACUUGCAAAACAUGGUCAAUUCAACACAGACUUCCGGCCCUUUGCAGGCAUUGAGCGGUUAUGUGGCAUCUUAUGGCUGGGGUCCUCUACUGUCCGUUUCGCGCAGUACUGUUCUUUCGCUUUUGUCCCGUAUUCAGAUUGGGCAUUUAAGAGUAGCGGACGUGGAUGGGAAAGCGUCCACCUACGGACGUAAACAAGCCGUUAAUGGAUCAUCGGAGAAGAGUGUAUACUCUCUACCAAACGUGGAAUUGACUGUGCACAAAGAUAUUUUCUGGGUGCGCAUGCUGCUCUUCGCGGACAUGGUAAUGAUUUCGAGACUGCCAAUCAAUCGAAUCUUGGACUCACUGAAGGCUAGNGGUUUCGCAGAGAGCUACAUGCUUGGAGAGGUCUCUUGCUCCGACUUGACAGAGUUCUUUCGGUUAUUCAUUCUCAAUCGUGCCCAUCUUUCGAAUGGAUCUACGCUUACAUCGAAUCUUUCCGGCAAGCUCUCUUACCUGCUUCGCAAGACAAACACACUCACAACCGCUCGCCUCAAUAUCGCUGCGCACUACGACAUCUCCAACGACAUGUUCGCCGCAUUCUUGUCCCCGGACAUGACCUACUCCUGCCCGAUUUGGCUACCGAAGUCGGAUCCUCAAUCCUCAGAAGAGACGCUUGAGCAAGCUCAAAUGCGCAAACUAAGACGCUUCAUCACAAACGCAAAAAUUAAGCAGGAUGACCACGUCUUGGAGAUUGGCACUGGUUGGGGCAGUUUUGCUAUCUUGGCCGUACGAGAGACUGGGUGCCGUGUCACAAGUCUGACCUUGUCAAUCGAGCAAAAGGCUCUGGCCGAGGAAAGAAUCGCGGCAGCUGGAUUCACAGACCGUAUUGAGGUUCUUCUAUGCGACUACCGCGCUUUGCCGAUACCAAGAGAUGGAAAGCUAUACGAUAAGGUUGUCAGCAUUGAGAUGCUGGAAGCAGUAGGCAANGAAUACCUCGACACAUAUUUCCAAUGCGUCGAUAAGCUUCUGAAGCCUGAGGGAGGUGUUGCAGUGUUCCACAACUCAGAUGAUUUCAUCCGGCGAUACAUCUUCCCUGGCGGCCACCUUCCUACUGUCACUCAACUACUAGACUCCGUCAGAGCUGGCUCCUCUUGCAGGCUAAUCCCAGAAUCCGUGGAGAACAUUGGCCCCCACUACGCAAAGACACUGCGACUGUGGCGUGAAGAGUUCAUGCAAAACUUCGACCAAAAAAUCAAGCCUUCACUGUUGAGAGACCAUGAAGGUAUGACCGAGAAAGAUGUUGACCUCUUCCGCAGGAAGUGGGAGUAUUACUUCGCUUACUGCGAAGCUGGCUUCGUCACCAAGACUUUGGGCGAUGUUAUCUUCACUAUCGGAAGGGAGGGUUCAGUGGAAAUGAUGGAAGACGUGCCCGUC